AUGCUCGGAACGGCCUCGGCCGCCCCCGCCCUGCCCACCCUCCCGUCCCUGUACGGCGGCCCCUUCCCCUUCUACCGGCGGCCGUCGGAGCUGGGCCGCUUCUCGCUGGACGCGGCGCGCGGCUACCACGGGGACGCGCGGGCCCUGCGCUACUACGCGCCCCCGCCCGGCCGCGGGCCCGCCCCGCCCUUCGACCUGCGCGACGGCUACGCCGACCGCUACCGGCCCCGCGACGAGGACCUGCCCGAGGGCCUCGACCACCUGCUCCGCUGGCUGCUGGACCACCGGGCCCGGCUGGAAGGGGGUCCCGGCUGGCUGUCCGGAGCCGUGGUGACGUGGCGGGGACACCUCACCAAGCUGCUGACCACCCCCUACGAGCGGCAGGACGGCUGGUGGCUGGCGGCCUCCCGCCUGCGGGGCACCCUCUACCUCAGCGAGGUGGAGACCCCCAAGGCCCGGGCCCAGCGCCUCGCCCGGCCCCCGCUGCUCCGAGAGCUCACCUACAUGGGCUACAAGUUCGAGCAGUACAUGUGCGCCGACACGCCCGGCGGGGCUCCGGACCCCACGGGGGAGGUGAACACCAACGUGGCCUUCUGCUCGGUGCUGCGGAGCCGCCUGGGGCCCCACCCGCUGCUCUUCUCGGGGGAGGUGGACUGCGCCGACCCCCGGCUCCCGGCCGCCCAGCCCCCCGACUGCUACGUCGAGCUCAAGACCUCCAAGGAGAUGCACAGCCCCGCCCAGUGGAGGACCUUCUACCGGCACAAGCUGCUGAAGUGGUGGGCGCAGUCGUUCCUGCCCGGGGUCCCCCGCGUGGUCGCCGGCUUCCGCGGCCCCGACGGCUCCGUCCGCUCCCUCAAGACCUUCCGCACCAUGGACAUGUUCCAGCUCGUGCGGGAUGACCGGGAGGCCUGGAACCCGGCCGUCUGCAUGAACUUCUGUGCCGCCUUCCUGCACUUCGCCCAGACCACCGUCACCCAGGACGAUCCGCGGCUGGUGCACCUGUUCUCCUGGGAGCCGGGGGGCCCCGUGACGGUCUCGGUUCAUCGCGACGGCUCCUUCGCCUUCCUGCCCGACUGGUACAUCGACGCGCUGACGCGGGAGUCCCCGUCACCCCCCAAGACGCCGUCACCCGGGCCCUGAGGGAGUGGUGAAGCCCUCCCUUGCCCUCUCCGUGCCCAAUAAAGCCCUGGGGCCGGCAGAGGCCUCCCCCCCACCAGCCCCACCGCCCACGGGCACCACCACA